AAUGGGCGCGAGAUAAUUUCGAGGCAUGGUGGCGUCGUUGUUGCGGGUUCUUCCUCUCCGGCUAUGUUGGGUUUUCUUUCCGCUCGUCAGGCAGGUGUAGAUGACCCGCUGAGGCUCCGACGGGCGGAGGCUACGAGGAGGGUAUUAAGCUUGGAGUUAAAUAAGAACAAAGAUGUUGAAAGAAUUCAUGGAAGUGGAAUUAAUACCUUGGAUAUUGAACCUGUUGAAAAUCGAUAUAUGUUAUCAGGUGGUUCUGACGGUACUAUUGUAUUGUAUGACCUUGAGAACUUCAACAGAACACCAUGCUAUACCUGUAAAGUGAUUUGUUCUGUGGGAAGGAACCACCCUGGUGUUCAUAAAUACAGCGUAGAGACUGUUCAAUGGUAUCCUCAUGAUACUGGCAUGUUUACUUCAAGUUCAUUUGAUAAAACACUGAAAAUAUGGGAUACAAAUACUUUACAGCCUGCUGAUGAAUUUUAUUUUGAUGGGACAGUAUAUAGCCAUCAUAUGUCUCCUGUUGCUACAAGACAUUGCUUAAUUGCAGUUGGUACCAAAAGCUCCAAAGUACAGCUUUGUGACUUCAAGUCUGGAUCUUGUUCUCACAUUCUGCAGGGUCACACUCAAGAAAUUCUAGCAGUAUCUUGGUCACCACGUUAUGAAUUUAUUUUAGCAACUGGAAGUGCUGACAGUAGAGUGAAAUUGUGGGAUGUAAGGAGAGCAUCUGCCUGUUUAUUCACUCUCGAUCCACAUAAUGGGGAGAAGUCAAAAGCAGCUUCUGAAGCAAUAAAUACUGCCCAUAAUGGAAGAGUCAAUGGCUUAUGUUUUACCAGUGAUGGGCUUUACCUUUUGACAAUUGGUACAGAUGAUCGCAUGAGACUCUGGAAUAGUUCAACUGGAGAGAACACACUGGUAAAUUAUGGGAAGGUGAGCAAUGAAAGCAAAAAAGGACUCAGAUUUACUGUAUCACGUGGCUGCAGUUCUGAAUUUGCAUUUGUGCCGUGCAGUAGCACUGUUGCUGUUUACACAAUUUAUUCAGGAGACCUAAUAACUACACUUAAGGGACAUUAUAGUUCGGUUGACUGCUGUGUCUUUCAACCUAAUUUUCAGGAACUUUAUAGCAGUGGCAGAGAUGGUAAUAUUCUUGCUUGGGUGCCAUAUUUGAGGGAACCAGAACCUGAUGAUACUUAUUCUGAAAAGUUGCCUUCUAAGCAGUGCUUAAAUUCUGCAUAUGAAGACGCAUGGAGCAGCAGUGAUAGUGAGGCUGGAUGAAUUCUUAAAUGACUGUUAACAUAAAGAUGAUAAAUAAUCACGCCAAAUUUUUUAACGAAGGACAUUGACUAUCAGAACCAGAUACAGCUAUGGCUUUCAGGUUCUUAACAUAAAAUUUCAUGAAUACUUUCCUUUUUUUCUCUUUUGUCAUUGUCAAAUUUUAUUCAACAUGUUUACAUUUUCAUUUACAAUGAAGUAAGAAUGCAUUUCUUUGUAUGUGUUUGCUCUCUUCUGUAAAAAUACAAUGGACGUGCU